AUGACCCAACAACCACAGGCCAAGACGGAGCAUAUUCUCCAAACACCACUAUGGAUUGUUAUUAUCCGUGGCUUUCAGUUUCUUUUCUCUCUCAUCAUUGUCGGUCUAUGUGGAUGGAUGAUUCAUGAUGCUGGACUCCCUGAAAACUCCCUCUGCAUUGCUAUUGCAGUCCUCUCCUGGAUAGUAAUCCUCUACAGUCUCUUGUCAGAAAAGCUCCCUGCCCUUCGAAGCUUAUACCACAUCAUUGCUGUACUAUGUCUCGACGCAUUGAUGCUCGUUCUCUGGCUCGCCGCCUGGGCUGCCACUGCUUCACGACGAGCCAAGUAUGUUGUGCCCGUAACCGUGGGUAACUGCUACAGUGACGGCAGUCUUAUCGAUAGCAAGAACUGUAGUGUUUUCUACAAGCGUGAUGGAGAGAAUGUCAUUCUCUUCAAGACUGGUUUGGCUAUCUUGGCUGCCAUUGCUGGAUUGGGCGCCUUGGUCUGGGUCCUGUUCAUUGUUACUUUCGUCUGGAGUCUUAUCAUGUUCCUCCGAGGACGCAAGCAGGGUCGCUUCGCUAUUGAUCUCUCGGGCUCGACAAACAACUACCAAAUGGAGCCCAAGACUGAAGCCCAGGUCAAUGUUCAGCCUCAACCUACACCAGUUGCUCCUCAAUACCAGCAACAACCUGCUCCUGGACAAUUCUCCCCUCAACAGCAGCAGCAAUACCCUCCCCAACAACAGCAAUACCCCCAAACGACACCCUCUCCAUACCAACCAGCCCAGAGCCCAUACCAGCAACAAGGCGCUUACCCUCCUCCUCCCGUAUCACCCUACGAUCCUCAACAGGGCCAGCAGCAGUUUGAGAGCCAGCAGAAUUACGCACAGUAUCCUCCUCAGCAAUACCAUGAAGCCCCCGGAACUACAUCGCCUCCUCCCCACCAAUACCAUGAAGCCCCAGGAACUACGUCGCCUCCUCCCCAGCAGCAGCCUUAUCCUGUUCAGGGUCACCCACAGUAG